CAGCCCCUACUUCAGGGUUUUGUGUGAUGAAGUGCUCCGACUUUAUAUAGAGUUUACAUAAGGAACCUAUCAGAACCGAGAGCUCAUCAGGUGUCAUACUGUUCCUGUGUGUGAGACCAGCCUAUUCAGGUGAGUGGUAGUUCCCAUGAUAAAGGGACAUGUGGCAGUGUUCUCUGUUGGGAGCUAAUCUAUGACUAAUGAAGGGCUUUAUUUUUCUUUUUAAUUGGUAACUGUAUCGCUGAGUUUUUCAGCACCUGAAUUGAAAACCAGCUCAUACAUUGGAAUAUCUAGUUUACAGUCAUCAGAAAAAGCCUGUGUAAUAUUAGACUUAGAAUUUACAUUGUAGAAGUAAAAAUAGGACUCAAAGAUGGUUAACCCAGGUAUCAAGCUGGGUCUUUGUGAUACCUGUAUACCUCCAGUAUUUUGAGAAGAUUUAAUUUUUAAAUUAAUUUAAUGGAGACUCAAAAGUGAUUGAAAUCUCCCUAUUUAAGGAUAUUUUUUGUAGCAUCACACUUAAAAAUAAAAUGGGAGGUGUCUGGGUCUGUCUAGUUAACUUUAUCAUCAGUGUUAGGUCACUUUCUUCAAGAGACAUCUAGUAAGUAUUCUAGAGCAAGCAGUCCCUUUCUGGAAAGGCUUUUAAAAGAGCUUUUGAUUUAGUUUUUAUAUUUUAAUUUUAAGAACAGCCUUGAAAGAAACCUUAAAUGAGGGAAAGAAAUACAAAUAGUGUUUGAAAAUAACUAAUACUUAAGAGCCAGGCUUUGGCUAUUUAAUGUAUUGUCCAAGAAAGGCCCAUAAGUGCACAGAUAUUUAAAAACAAACAAACAAACAAACAAAAAACUUGGUUUCAAAUGUGAAAGUUUGGGAUUUAAAAACCAUUACCUCUAAGAAUCAGUUAAUUCCUAAAUUUUCAUUAGAAGUAGACAUUAUUAUCAGCCUACUGUAAUCUUUAUUUAUACACAGAUAUGAAUAGGUAAAAUAUGGUAACUUGGAGAAUAUUAAAUAUAUUUUUUUGAGUAAAGGUUUUCAAAAUGUCCAAGGAUAAGUGAUGUUCUUUAUGUUCCUUAUAAUUGUUAAGGAAGCACUCACGAGAUAGUUUUAAAUAGAAAUAGGUAGAGAAUAAGAACUUAUGAAGAAUGUUUUGGUUUUCCAAGAUAAAAAUUUUAAAGAUAUAUUUUGGGCACAAGUUGCCUUGUAAAUUUCCACUGGGAUUUGAAAAGUUUUAUUAGACAGUCUCUAUAUGCUAAUGAAUCACAUUAACACCUAUAGGUAUUCUUAAACUUUCUGACUGGCCUGGUGAUUUAAGAUCUUAAGUCCCUAAGGCAAAUUGACCAGAAACCUGGAUGGGGGCUCCAGUGAAAAUCAGGUGUCCUGGAAUACCUUGUCUCAGAGUUGGCACAAAGUGGACUCGUCCUGAUGAGGUUUUUGAGAUUAGUCAGACUAAAUCCUAUCCCCAUUCAGAGUAUCAGGAAACACAUUAGGAAAUAUUUUUCAGUUUCAAAGGUUAUCUUUGUGGUAAAUUUAUACUUCUAAAUAUUUGCCAACAUAACUUUUACUUAUAGCACGCAUAUAAUAUUAAGUACUCUUUCUUUCAUAGGUCCAUGUUCACUAGUGGCCUUACAGAAAGUUCUCAAAAAGAAGUUCGAAUAGUAGGUGUUGAAGCUGAAUCGAUGGACUUAGUGUUGAAGUAUGCCUACACCUCCAGAGUUGUUCUGACAGAGGCCAAUGUUCAAGCUUUGUUUACCGCAGCUAGCAUCUUCCAGAUUCCUUCCAUCCAAGACCAGUGUGCUAAGUAUAUGAUCAGUCAUUUGGACCCACAAAAUUCUAUUGGGGUCUUCAUCUUUGCUGAUCAUUAUGGUCAUCAGGAACUCCGAGAUCGAUCAAAAGAAUACAUUCGUAAAAAGUUUCUGUGUGUCACCAAAGAACAAGAGUUUCUCCAGUUGACAAAAGAUCAGCUGAUAAGUAUACUAGACAGUGAUGAUUUAAACGUAGACCGAGAAGAGCAUGUUUAUGAAAGCAUUGUAAGGUGGUUUGAACAUGAACAGAAUGAAAGAGAAGUGCACCUUCCAGAAAUUUUUGCCAAAUGCAUACGUUUUCCUCUGAUGGAAGAUACCUUUAUAGAGAAAAUUCCACCUCAGUUUGCACAGGCUAUAGCCAAAAGCUAUGUAGAGAAGGGACCAUCCAACACUAAUGGCUGUACACAGAGACUUGGAAUGACUGCAUCUGAAAUGAUCAUAUGUUUUGAUGCUGCCCACAAACACUCAGGAAAGAAGCAAACAGUGCCUUGUCUAGAUAUAGUCACAGGAAGAGUAUUUAAAUUGUGCAAACCACCAAAUGAUCUAAGAGAAGUUGGGAUUCUUAUCUCACCAGAUAACGACAUUUACAUCGCAGGAGGAUACAGGCCAAGCAGCAGUGAGGUGUCCAUCGACCAUAAGGCAGAAAAUGAUUUCUGGAUGUACGACCAUUCCACCAACAGGUGGCUACCCAAACCGUCCUUGCUUCGGGCCAGAAUAGGCUGCCGGCUGGUGUACUGCUGUGGUAAGAUGUACGCCAUCGGAGGGCGUGUUUACGAAGGUGACGGGAGAAACUCGCUAAAGUCUGUGGAGUGCUAUGACAGCAGAGAAAAUUGCUGGACGACUGUUUGUGCAAUGCCUGUGGCCAUGGAGUUCCACAAUGCUGUGGAGUACAAGGAGAAGAUCUAUGUCUUACAGGGAGAAUUUUUCCUCUUCUAUGAGCCUCAAAAAGACUACUGGGGUUUUUUAACCCCUAUGACUGUGCCUAGAAUCCAGGGCUUAGCAGCUGUAUACAAAGACUCUAUCUACUACAUAGCUGGAACCUGUGGAAAUCAUCAACGCAUGUUUACUGUAGAAGCCUAUGACAUUGAGCUAAAUAAAUGGACUCGUAAGAAGGAUUUUCCAUGUGAUGAGUCCAUCAAUCCAUACCUUAAACUGAUACUUUUCCAGAAUAAACUCCAUUUAUUUGUUCGAGCUACUCAAGUGACCGUUGAAGAACAUGUCUUCAGAACCAGCAGAAAAAAUUCCCUUUACCAGUAUGAUGACAUCACUGACCAAUGGAUGAAAGUGUAUGAGACCCCAGAUCGGCUCUGGGACCUUGGCCGGCACUUUGAAUGUGUUGUUGCUAAACUCUAUCCUCAGUGUCUUCAGAAAGUACUUUGAGUAGCAGGCCUUAGUGAGUUCAUUGACAUCUAGUGCUUGAGGAAACUUAGUCUUUUAAUGAUACAAGAAGUGCUGUCAGUAUUUAAGAAAGCUGAGAGAGUUUGUACACGGAAGUGUGUGCUCUGAAAGAUUACAAUGUAGGGAGUGAUGCCUUUUCAUCCUUGUGAUGUUUUCAUUUCAGUAAGCAAAAGAUAACAAAGUGCAAUUAUCAGCAUUUUUUUCUGAUACAAAAACAAUCAUUUUCAUGCUAGAAUUUUGUGAUAGGCUCUGACAUAGCAGAUGAAUUAAUAACUAUGCAGUCUUAUAAGAGCAAUUAGGGUAUUAUUGGUUAAAGUCAUCCAGACUAGUUUGAUGUGACUUUUUAUUUUAAAUACGGGUAAAACUCUGAGGCAAUAUCACUAGAACUUUAGCUGUGACCUCUCCAACACAGAGAAGCACUAACUUAGAUUUUUAUUCUUAAUAUAUAUAUAUAUAUAUAUAUAUACUUAUGUACUGUUUUCAAGUGUACUGAGAUUUAAAUGUGUUCUGUUAGAAUAGAUUGAAGGAAAAACAAAUCAUCUCAGAAAGAACUUUUUUCAGUCGUAUUGUUUAAUAUUUCCCAUAUAACUUUAAAUUAAGCUAAAAUUUUAAAGUAGCUGUUGGUAACUUUUUCAAGUGCUAAGACUAUCUCAUUUGAAAAAUCCUGAGAAGGGCUCAGAUUCACAGGUGGCUGGUGCUAGUCUAAGUUAAUUCAUGUAUAUAGUAGAUGGACUUAAAUCGUCUGAGCCUAUGCCUACCUUUCAAGUUGGUAUGUUGGUUUUGUGGCCCUCGUACUUUACCUGUCAAACUCUUGUGAUUUCACAAGACUCUCUACUUGGUUGAAAGCAGAAUAUGGCCGGCUAUUGGUCCAGCUGGACUCCGUCUUAAGACAGCGAGAAGAGCAAACCUGGUUUGCACUGACACGGGCCAUUUGUCAUCUCACCUCCCUUUGCAUCCUCUACUUGUCUAGUCUCGAUCGGUACAACGAGAGGUAAAUUACUCUGUUCUGCACAGAGCAUAAUGUGAAGUUUUACACCUACUUUUAAAAUUCUGUUUUACAGAAACAUAGAACUCCUGCAGUGGUUGAAUUUAAUGGCUUUUAAGUUACAUGUGACCAUUAAAACCUCAUUUUCUUUUUAAUUUUUGCACUUAACAAUGAUAAAUAUUUUUACAUUGAAAACCUUGUUCUAGCUGAAGGUGACUGAGAAGGAAAAGAACGAGUGACUAGAACCAUAGCAUUAUAGGUACUAAGUCAUGUUUCAUAUUUAACUGAUAAGUUUUUAACAGUCAGUUAGGAAUAUUCACAUAAAGGACAAACCAACUCAUUCGUAAUACCUUUGGUAGAUGUUUGGAUCAGUAACUUAUUUUUACUAUGCCUAGAAUAAUCAAUAAAGGGUACAAGUAUAGUCCAGAGUCUGUCCUCAACUAGAACAUUUUGAAUUUCUUAAAACAAACUGGCAUGGUUUGUAUUAGAAACUCAUACAGAUUGUGAUGUGAUACUGUGAAACAAAUUUAAAACAUUGCCUCUGCAUCACAUACCUCGUCCUUCAGAAACUUUCCAAACUGCUUGUCUCCGACCUCUAUGGUAGGACGUUUUCUGAAGAAGACUUCAAAGGAGACGGGAUUUAUAGAAUUAACAUUUUAAAUCUAGUCUGUGAAGCUACAUAUGUGGGUUUUUUCUUACAUGCCUUGAAAGAGUGUCUAUAAUCUCUUUAUAAACUUUGUCAACCAGUAACCUUUUCUUCUCCCCAGUUUUUCCUUCUCUUCAUCUUCAUGCAGUUUGGGGGCUAUUUCUGUGAGUUUUUUGAAGCAUCUUUAAAGUGUUGCAGAGGGAAGGAAAAAACAAAAAUAACUAACUUUUGCAAGCGAUGUUCAUGUAAUUUAUUUUUGAAAGCUUUGUUGAAUAUCUAAGAUUUUCCGAUGCUUUUUGACAAUCUUCUGUAUUUAUUUAGGAAAAAUGUGUUACUUGAAAACAUGACAUAGGACAUUGAGUUAGUAAUUACAUGUGUCGUAUGGCCUAUAGGAGUACAGCAUGCUGUGCUUCCACAGUAGAUUUUUUUCUGUUGAUCUGCACCACAGUUGAUCCUUUCACUAUAACAGUUUAUAUUGAGGGUAUGAUCUAAGUAUGUAUAGUGUUUCAAAGCCAAGGGUUAGAAUUUGCUAUCGGAGUAGAAUAUGUAUUGAAUUUUGUAUGAAGAACUAUUUGUUUAAAUUAUAUAGCUGGGAUACUUUGCCACUUUUUAAAUGAUUUGAGAAGCCCUAGAAAACUAAGAUGAGUAAUAUGUGUGGAUAUAUGUUUAGAUAGUUAAAGUACAUUUGCAUAGUAUGUUGAGAAUAUAAGUAAAAGGCACAAUGGGACUGCGGAAUUGAAGGUCUAAAAUAUGCCCGUCCCACUUUAACUUUGUUUUUGCAUUUGAAGAAUGUAUGUAGCACUUUCCUAUAUAUUUUUUAGACAUUGAAAACUGGACUUGGUGUAACUAUAUUAUAGGAGAGUUUUAAUUUUAUUCUUUAGUUUCCAUUUUUAUUUUCUGUUAUCCUGCAAAGUCGAUGCAUAAGCAUCAAGCUCAUCUCAUUGGUGCAUGAGAAAAGUGGGAGUGAUCCCCAAGGAAUCAGAUUCCCUCUGUGAAGCAGUUUAAGUGUCAUUCAAUGUUCAGUGCUCAGGUAUGUAGUAAGUACUGUAGUCCUUUGGGGGCAAAUGUGUAGAUAUUUUUAAACAUUUUGCUGUAAUUGCACAGUUUUUUGCAUUUUUACAUCAUGGCAUUGUUUCUUAUAAUAAAACCUUUUUCUGAUUGAAAACUUCCAUUGUUGUGAACUGACCUUUGACUAGUGAAUUUGCAGAAUGAAUAUUUGUUGAAAAUCAUAAAAUACCUUAUGUCAUGGUGAAUUAGAAUGAGAUUUAUUCUAUCAAAUAUUUGGCCUCU